AGUCAUAUACACAGAAAAGGAAGAGGCCAAUUCGAUGUAAUUUAUAACAAAGAACGAGAAGGUUAUGCUUGGACUUGGUUUUCCUCUCAAAUUUGUUGGCCUCAUCAUGGAAUGCAUCACUUCAGCUUCAUCCUCUAUCUCUGUUAAUGGGAACAUACAUGGGUUCUUUAAGAGCAAGCGUGGCCUUCGGCAGGGUGACCCUAUGGCUCCUACUCUGUUCAUUUUCUGCAUUGAGUACCUGUCCAGGUUGCUCAACACCAAAACCAAGGAAGGACCCUUUCAUUUUCAUAAGAAUUGCUCAGAGUUGGGUAUAUCCCACUUGGCUUUUGCAGAUGACAUUAUGCUAUUUGCUAGAGGGGAUUUCUCUUCUGUUAAGGUUAUGAUGGAUGCCCUAGAUCAUUUCUCCAAGGUGUCUGGAUUAUGCCUCAACCCAACUAAAUCUAAUAUUUUUGUUGCUGGAAAGUAUAGGGAUGCUAGUCAGGAUAUCCUCCAAUUGGCUAACUUCCCUAGAGGUGAACUUCCUGUCAGGUAUCUGGGGCUGCCCUUAGCCUCCCAUCGUAUUUCAGGAUCUGAUUAUGCACCACUCUUCAUGAAAAUUGACACGUUCCUUGGGAAAUGGAGUACCUUGAAAAUUUCUUAUGCUGGCAAACUUGAGCUGAUUAGAGCAGUGAUUCAGGGGGUGGAAUCAUUUUGGCUCCAAGCCUUCCCAGUUCAGAAGACUGUGCUUAACCGUAUUACUACUCUAUGCAGAGACUUCCUGUGGGGCAGCAAGUUUGCUAAAGUGGCAUGGGUUGACAUUUGUAAACCCAGAAAUGAAGGGGGUCUAGGCUUGAGGGAUGCUGAAACCUGGAAUAAUGCUCUUCUGUGUAAAGCCUUAUGGAACAUUGCUGCGAAAAAGGAUUCACUUUGGGUGAUUUGGGUUCACACUGUUUAUUUGCGCAAUGAAUGUAUGUGGGUGUGGCAGCCCAGGAAGAGACACUCUGUCUUCUUUAAAAGGCUUGCCUAUGUGCGAGAGCUUUUGGUACAAAAGCUUGGUGACCAUAAUUCCUCUUUGGAAGUGGCUAUGCAACAGUUUUGUAUUGGCGAUAAUCUCUGUCCAAGUAAGGUUUAUGAUUUUCUUAGGGACAAGUCCAAUCCCAAGCCUUGGAUGGCUUUCAUAUGGCAUUCUCCAAUUCCUCCUAAGUGCUCCUUUACGAUGUGGCUAGCGCUUAGGGGGAGACUUCCUACCAAGACCAAUUUGGAAUUCCUUGGUCUUCCUAUGGAGUGUGAGCUUUGUGGAGAUGGAGUCGAGGACAUUAGCCACCUCUUCUUUGGAUGCUGUGUGUCAAAGCAAAUCUGGGGAGCCAUUAGGCAUUGGCUACGGAUUGAUGCCCAACUGACAACCUUGGACAGAGCCAUCAGGUGGUUGAGGACGGCUAGACGAGGAGAUCCUAUCUUGAAGAAGGCACGGAGGAUAGGGUUGGCUUGCACCGUAUUCCUAAUCUGGAAACAGCGUAAUGCCUUCCAUUUUGAGCGCAAGCCUCUUAAUAUUGAUGGUGUGAUUUGUAAUAUCAAGACUAUGGUUUAUUGUGUUUUAGGCCGUGUGUGGCCAAAUGUUUAUCUUACUUUUUAGUUUGGGUUAGCCUGCGUGCCUUGGUUUUGGGGUUGGUUUUCCCAUUUUAUGUAUGAGGGUGUCCCGUUGAGGUGCUUGAUGUAGUGG